AUUCUUCUUCAUCGCUUUUUUCCACGUUGAGUAAACACACGAAGGGCUGCACGUGUGCUGGGGUUUUGGGAGGACGGCUCGGCUCGGCUCGGCUCGGUUCGGUUAACUGAAUUAAACGCUCACACACAAGGAUACGAGCCAUGUCGACCAAUCAGGAGAGUCAGCCUCAGCCUAGUGCACGUGCUCCGUUAGUGACCGAGAGCAGCGGAAAGGUUCCGAACCCGUCACCGGGCAGAACCAUGAUCCCGCUGGGAAAACCCAAAUCCGGUCGAGUCUGGAAAGACCGCAACAAACAGAGGUUCUCGGCUCUUUUGCGUGAUAAACCUCUGCGCAGCUCCUGGCAGAAGAAGAUGGAGGCCAAGAGGGAGAAGGAGAUGGUUAAACAGUACCACCAAAAGCUCAAAGACGACAAAGCCAGAGAGAAGGAGGAGAAGAGGAAGAGACGAGAAGAAAAUCUGAAGAGACGGGCAGAAAAUGAGAAGAAAGCAGAGAUUGUUCAAGUGAUUCGCAACACAGCCAAACUGAAACGGAUGAAGAAGAAGCAGCUGAGGAAGAUCGAGAAGAGAGAUACGCUGUCAAUGCUGCAGAAAACUCCGCCCACCGUCAAAAAAUCAACCUCAGGAGAAUAACAGAUACACAAAUGAACUGAAAACAUUAAAGUCUGAUUAAUUUCACUUUAAUGAUGUAUAGAGACCACACACACACACACACACACACACACACACACAGUGUAUUUGUAUUGUAUAUAAAUGUGUGAGAGACACAGAGAGAGAGAGACACACAGAAUGAAGGAAGGUUUUUGGCAGACAUUAGCGGGACUUUUGGGUCCAGUAUGCAAACAAGUGGAAUAAAACUCGGUGCUUUCCUCUGUGACUUUCAUCACGCACUAUUAAAAUGUUUUUCUUUCACUUUCUCCAUUAAAGCCACUUUAAACCA